AUCCAAUAUUGAGAAAUUUCGAAAUCUAGAAUCAAUAUUUAAGGAAAACGAACGUUUCGGUGUCGAAUAAUGUUGAGCACAAGGGUGAGUAUCCACGAAUCCAUGGAAAGCUGGUUGCUCUGCCUGCAGCGGGAUGCUCCUCCCUGCCUCCCUGGCGGCCCUGUGCCCUGGGGCUGUGAUCCCGUCCUGCUCCCGCCGUCCCCAGCACAUCCCAGGAGCCAUGAGGAGGUUUGGCUACUGCCGGGUGGUGCUGGCCACGUCCCUGCUCUGGGUGCUGCUGGACGUGUUCCUGCUGCUCUACUUCAGCGAGUGCAACAAGUGUGAGGACAGCAAGGAGCGCUCGCUGCUGCCGGCGCUGCGCGCCGUCAUUUCCCGGAACCAGGAGGGCCCGGGGGAGAUGGGCAGGGCCGUGCUCAUCCCCAAGGAGGAGCAGGAGAAGAUGAAGGAGCUGUUCAAGAUCAACCAGUUCAACCUCCUGGCCAGCGACCGCAUCGCGCUGAACCGCAGCCUGCCCGACGUGCGGCUGGACGGGUGCAAGAGCAAGGUGUACCCGGAGGAGCUGCCCAACACCAGCGUGGUGAUCGUGUUCCACAACGAGGCGUGGAGCACGCUGCUGCGCACCGUCCACAGCGUGCUGGAGCGCUCGCCGCCGCGCCUGCUGGCCGAGAUCGUGCUGGUGGACGACGCCAGCGAGAGAGAGUUUUUGAAGGCCUCCUUGGAGCAUUACGUGCAGAAGCUGGAGGUGCCCGUCAGGAUCCUGCGGAUGGAGCAGCGCUCGGGGCUGAUCCGGGCGCGGCUCCGCGGGGCGGCGGCCGCCAGGGGCCAGGUGAUCACCUUCCUGGACGCCCACUGCGAGUGCACCCUGGGCUGGCUGGAGCCGCUGCUGGCCAGGAUCAAGGAGGACAGGAAAACCGUGGUGUGUCCCAUCAUCGACGUGAUCAGCGACGACACCUUCGAGUACAUGGCGGGCUCGGACAUGACCUACGGGGGCUUCAACUGGAAGCUGAAUUUCCGCUGGUACCCCGUGCCCCAGAGGGAGAUGGACCGCAGGAAAGGGGACAGGACGCUGCCCGUCAGGACCCCAACUAUGGCUGGUGGCCUGUUUUCUAUUGACAGGAACUACUUUGAAGAGAUAGGAACUUACGAUGCAGGAAUGGAUAUCUGGGGUGGCGAGAAUCUUGAAAUGUCCUUUAGGAUCUGGCAGUGUGGAGGCUCCCUGGAGAUCGUCACCUGCUCCCACGUGGGACACGUGUUCCGGAAGGCGACUCCCUACACCUUCCCCGGCGGCACCGGCCACGUCAUCAACAAGAACAACCGCAGGCUGGCCGAGGUCUGGAUGGACGAGUUCAAGGAUUUCUUCUACAUCAUCUCCCCCGGGGUGGUGAAGGUGGAUUAUGGAGAUGUUUCCGUCAGGAAAGCCCUGAGGGAGAGCCUGGGGUGCAAACCCUUCUCCUGGUACCUGGAGAACGUCUACCCCGACUCGCAGAUCCCGCGGCGCUACUACUCGCUGGGAGAGAUCAGGAAUGUUGAAACCAACCAGUGCUUGGACAACAUGGGCCGCAAGGAGAAUGAAAAAGUGGGAUUUUUCAACUGCCACGGCAUGGGAGGGAACCAGGUGUUUUCCUACACGGCGGACAAGGAGAUCCGCACGGACGACCUGUGCCUGGAUGUGUCGCGGCUCAACGGCCCCGUCCUCAUGCUCAAGUGCCACCACCUGCGGGGCAACCAGCUCUGGGAGUACGAUGCCGAGCGGCGCACGUUCCUGCACAUCAUCACACAGUCGUGCCUGACGCUGGGCAGGAUCGAGGACGGCUCCCAGGGCCCCACGGUGGAGGCCUGUGACGGGAGCCCCCUGCAGACCUGGACCCUCAGGAAUUAUUCCCGCCUGGAAGUCAUCAGGAAAGUUUACUCCAGCCCCACUGAUUAUUUCCUGUAGGGCCCUCGGGGGCCAAUCCGGGAUGUGCCGGGGUAAGGAAUUCCCAGGAAAUCAUCCUGCUCCAGGUUCUGCUGGAUUUCUGUCUUGUUUUAUUUUUGGGGUGGGGUUUUUGUGGUUUUUAUUAUUUUUAAAAUUGUUUUGAAAAUGUUCGUUUUUCGCGGUGUUCGUAGAUUUUCAUGGAAUAAUUAAUGGAAUUUUACGAGGAUUUUUCAAAUACUUUUUCACGUUUUUUUUUUAAUACCCCUAAGGA